AUGGCAACUUUUCACCACAGCAACCCAACGGAUAGAGACAUCAGGAGAGUCCUCCAAAAACUUAUAAUCAUUCUAUCUUUGGGAAUCAUCUGUGUCGCUCUCUUCUACUUCUUCACGGGAUGCUGCGAGUCGGACCUAACGGAAAACUCAGCCUCGGACAGACCCGCCAGCGAUGACAGAAACCUGACGUUUUAUAAGGACGUUGUAACGGUACAGGAUGAAGAUGGAUACCCAGGGACCGGGGAGGGGAGCACACUGACGCCCGGUUUGGAGACUGAUAACACGGGUAAAGAUUGGAAGGCGACCCGGCGGUUACCCCAAGCCCUUAUUAUAGGAGUGAAGAAGGGUGGCACGAGGGCUUUGCUGGAGUUUCUCAGGCUGCACCCGGACAUCCGCGCGCUGGGCUCUGAGCCGCACUUCUUUGACCGGCAUUACGCACGAGGCUUGCACUGGUACAGGAGUAUGAUGCCCAAGGCCUUGGACGGCCAGGUUGUCAUGGAGAAGACACCACGUUACUUUGUUACCGUGGAGACCCCUGGCCGUGUACACUCCAUGUCGCGUGACGUGAAGCUGAUUGUGGUGGUCCGAGACCCUGUGACCCGGGCCAUCUCUGACUACACCCAGAUCAUCUCCAAGACCCCCCACAUCCCUGCCUUCGAGACCCUCGCCUUCAAGAACCGCACCAAUGGUGAGAUUGACUCUCUAUGGAGCCCUUUGUGGAUCGGACUGUACGCCCAACACCUGGAGCGCUGGCUGGCCUGGUUCCCCCGGGCCCAGAUCCACCUGGUCAGUGGGGAGGGCCUCAUCUCCGACCCGGCAGGAGAACUAGGAAAGGUCCAGGACUUCCUGGGCCUCCAGAGGAUUGUGACGGACAAGCACUUCUACUUCAAUAAGACUAAAGGUUUCCCCUGCCUGAAGAAACCGGAGGGCAGCAGCAAGCCCCACUGCCUGGGGAAGACUAAAGGCCGAACACACGCCCCCAUCGACCCUGAAAUGAUCCGGAAACUGAGGGAGUUCUACAGGCCGCACAACCAGCGGUUCUACCAGAUGGCUGGCCAGGACUUUGGAUGGCAAUGA